UAAACCAAUGGGCGACUGGCACGCUCUUUUAAAAUAAGAACAACGGACAUCAUAAGGGUAUUAUUUCUCUUUUGUAAAGUUGAAGUAUCUUGAAAUUGAAGAUGAGUGGAAGAGGCAAAACCGGUGGCAAAGCGAGAGCGAAGGCCAAGACUCGCUCCUCCAGGGCAGGGCUGCAGUUCCCCGUCGGUCGUGUUCACAGACUUCUCCGCAAAGGGAACUACGCAGAGCGCGUCGGUGCCGGAGCUCCCGUCUAUCUGGCGGCUGUGCUCGAGUAUCUGACCGCUGAGAUCCUGGAGUUGGCUGGAAACGCCGCGAGAGACAACAAGAAGACCCGCAUCAUUCCCCGUCACCUGCAGCUGGCGGUGCGCAAUGACGAGGAGCUCAACAAACUCCUGGGUCGAGUGACCAUCGCUCAGGGCGGCGUGCUGCCCAAUAUCCAGGCCGUGCUGCUGCCCAAGAAGACCGAGAAACCCGCCAAAGCCAAGUAAACAGAGUCCGCUCUGCUUCUCCAACACAAAGGCUCUUUUAAGAGCCACACACUUCUUCUGACAGAGAGCGAUUUACUUUCCUUUUCUUUCAUGAUACACCAUGCAUACGACUGAAGGAGAAAAUGAACUAAAUUAACGCACUUUUAUUAAUGAUAAAUCAUUUGGAAACUCUGCCUUAUAAUAAUUAUCAGUGUAACAAAUUGCUUAGUCAGUUUGGCUUGAAGUCUCUGAAAGAAGGUGUAGAACUGUAUGAAAGACAAAACUGAUUUAUUGAUGUUUUUGAUAGUUAUUCAAAGUUAUGUACUCAACAGAGUCAUUUAGAGUAAUGGAGAUCAGAAGAGAGUCUACUUUCACCAGUACUUUUUAAUGUGUGUGUGAAUUGAUUUCUGGAAAAUGUAAGUGACUGUAAGACUGGAUCUAUGAUUAAUAAAACCAUAGUCAAUCACUGUA